AGUUAAACCCCCUUCGGAAUCCAAUUUUUCUUGUUCAUGUUCUGGAAAUAAAUAAUAAACUAUUUUAAAAUUCAAGCUUGAUACUGAUUUUUUAGAAAAUUGAUUAAUUAGAAAAAAAAAAAAAGAGAAUUCAGUUACUAAUAAUUUUCAACAACUUAAAAUAUAUUACUAAUGAACAAUUGUUUUAUUUUUUCGGAUCAUAUAUUAAGCAUUUUUGUUAAAUGAUGAUACAAUACUUGUACUUGAAACCACAUCAAAUAAAAUUUAUGCCUGUAAGGGGGACUCAAGUCAUCAUCAUCAUUACAAUUGCAAAUCGAUAUCAAAUGUGCCAUUAUAACAAAUCACAUAGUGGAAAUCUUAGGAAGAUCUUGUCAACAUUUCAUAACCCAAAAUCUUAAUGGUGAAUAAGUUGUUUGAUGUUAAACAUUUAAUAAAAUUUUAACAACAUUUAAAGAAUUAGUUAAAAUAUGAGAUCAAGGCUUGAAAAAAAUUGUUUUUUCUAUUAUUACUGAGAUUUGAGGUUUGAAUUGAUGUGUUUUAAAAAGAAAAAAAUUAAAAAAAACCGUGAAAUUGCAACUGCAAAACGGAGAGAGAAAGAAAUGGACGAAUUCCGUUGUGCAAAACCCACCUGAAAGAGAGUCAAUUGGAGUCAAAGACACAAAUACCCCAAAGACACACACUCUCUCUCUUAAUCAAUCAAAAUUCAAAAACAAAGAGAACAAUAAAACUGAAAUAAUUCAAAUUGGUGCCAUCUCGUGAAUUCCCAAACCCAACCCACACUGUCGCGAUGGAAGACGAAGAAGAGACGCGCCACCGAGUUACUGACUCGUCACUCGCCACCGAGUCACACGCUUCCACUCCUCCCCAUGACCUGCCACGCAAUUCUGAAACCCUAGUUAUUCCCUCUUCGUUCACGCACCACCACGCUAUUACUCCAGAUAUGCAGGGAAGCUCUACCGCGCGUAAACGUCGCAAAGACGAAAGUAAGGAGCCAGCUCAACCUCCUGAUGAAGAAACUAUUGUAAGCGAUGCAGUUGAGGCGCCUCAGAAACUUACAGAAAAGUCUGUUUGUUCAAGUUCAUUCUCUGAACUAUCACCAACUUCUGCUUCACAGUCUUUAUCAUCUGCCCCUAGUCCGACUUUACCAGAACAGAGGCUGUCUUCUCCUAAGACUAACAGUGUACAAGUGCUGGCAGUAGACAAAAGAACUACUUCUGGUGGCAAAACCUUGCCUUCUGUUUCUGUUGAAAGUGGAUCUGCAUCUGAUGGAUACAACUGGCGUAAAUAUGGUCAGAAGCAAGUGAAGAGUCCGACAGGUUCCCGAAGCUAUUACAGGUGUACCCAUUCAAAUUGUUAUGCUAAGAAGAUUAAAUUCUGUGACCAUUCAGGUCAUGUGAUAGAGAUUGUUUAUAGAAGUCAACAUAGUCAUGAUCCCCCACAUAAGACUGAUUUCACCAAGGAAAGUAAAUUCAUGCCUUCCAAUGAACCUAAAGUAGAAAGCACUGUUCCAAAGCAGUCUAUCAGAGUUCUGAAUGAUUCUGAUCAAUCAUCUUCUCCAAAAGAACCUCUACAAAAAGUACCUUGCAGUGCUGAUAAGAAACUACAAAAUUCAUCUAACGGUGAGAAUGGUAAAGUUAUGUUGAAGGAAGAGCAUGUUGAUGACCCAGAGCCCAAAAGAAGAAUGAACAAAAGUGAUUUAACAAGCUUGGAUUCAACAGUAAAACCAGGAAAGAAACCAAAGUUAGUUGUACAUGCAGCUGGGGAUGUGGGGAUAUCAGGUGAUGGAUACCGAUGGCGCAAAUAUGGACAAAAAAUGGUGAAGGGGAAUCCACAUUUCAGAAACUACUACAGAUGCACUUCUGCUGGAUGUCCUGUCCGAAAGCACAUUGAAACUGCUGUGGAUAACUCAAAAGCUCUCAUCAUAACAUACAAGGGAGUACAUGAUCAUGACAUGCCUGUGCCCAAGAAACGACAUGGCCCACCAAGUGCACCCCUCGUGGCUGCUGCAGCACCUGCUUCAAUGAACAAUAUGCAGUUCAAGAAAACUGACUUACUGCAAAACCGGAAAACACCUACUCGAUGGUCAGUUGAUACCGAAGGAGAAUUAACCGGAGAAGCUUUGGACCUUGGGGGUGAGAAAGCAAUUGAGUCAGCUCGAACUCUUUUGAGCAUAGGUUUUGAAAUUAAACCUUGUUGAAUACAUGUUUUGGAAAUCAUACAGCUGUAUUUAUAUAAAUCAAUUGGUAGGUGUCGUGUAAUUUUAAUGGCGUCCCAUGUUUAUCUUCGCUUGAUUUUCCCCCUAUGUAGUGUUUCAAUUCGCUUGUACACACGUUCACGCUUGUCCUAAAAAGUUUACUUGGUGCAGGGAAUAUAGAACUGACCUGUAUCUUAUUCUCACGGAGAGUGAGAAUUGGUGAUAACAGCGUGUUAUCAUCCAAUUUCACUCUAAUGCUUCGAGACGGAUAGUGACUGAAAUAGAUCGAACAACUGGUCAAGUUGACGGAUUUGAAGAGGUUAAUGUUUCAAGUUAAAAAUAUUUGGUAGUACUGAUUUUAUUUAAUGUUUAAAUGGACACAAAUAUGGAACCAGUUUGGCAUGCUUUGAGCAAAUUUUUUGUAGAUUUGAGAUCCUUGUGAUUUAGAAGUUACAUUGAAUCGUAGCUAAUUUGUGUAAAGCUGAGUGAAUUUAUUUAAGGAGGUAAAGUUCUCUUGAUGUCUAUUUUUUAUGUUCACAUAACUUCAAGUUUAGACCUCAUUGUAGAAAAAUGAAAUUCCUUAUUAUUU